AUGUUUAGUAUCGUCUGUAUUUUAUUACACCCACAGAUUUUCAUUGACAAAGAAACCGUAACUAACGCCUUACAGGCAAGCAAUGAUGCACAUCUUCUCCAGUUGGACAACUUGGCCGAUAAUAUACAGCAUCAGGCUCGAUCAUGGCUGAAUCAACUGACGACGGAAAUACACGAGAAAGAAGAAUACUCGCGUAAUCGAUCUCGCGUGAUCGAAAUCAACCGAGUCAUUGACGCUUUUCGGGAUGCUUUAGACCAGCUGGACCUGACAACCGCGGCAGAAACGUGA